AUGAAGCUGUUUGUGUGGAGGCAGGAGAGCAGCCUGGAGAUGGCAGUGGGACAGUCCCACCGCAGUGCUGCAGUGCUGAGGUACAAAACUGAAGUUGCCUUGGUAAAGCACCGUUUUCCCCCACCCCUUCCUAUUAUUCUUAUUCUUUUGAGGAUUCUUCAUUGUCAAGCCGCCAAAGUGGAGAGUGUGAUUGCAGAAGGGGGUGCUUCUCGUUUCAGUGCUUCUUCGGGGGGAGGAGGUGGUAGGGGUGCACCUCAGCACUAUCCCAAGACUGUCGGCAACAGCGAGUUCCUGGGGAAAACCCCAGGGCAAAGCGUUCAGAGAUGGGUUCCUUCACGAAGCACUAGACGAGAUGUCAACUCCAGCAACGAAAAAGAGCGACACGAUGCAAUCUUCAGGAAAGUGAGGGGCAUACUCAACAAACUCACGCCUGAGAAGUUUGACAAGCUAUGCCUUGAGCUCCUGAACGUGGGCGUAGAUUCAAAACUCGUCCUUAAAGGAAUCAUCUUGCUGAUUGUAGACAAAGCCCUAGAAGAGCCGAAGUAUAGCUCGCUCUAUGCUCAGCUAUGUCUGCGCUUGGCAGAGGACGCACCAAACUUUGAUGGCCCUUCACCGGAGAUCCAAACAGCCCAAAAGCAGAGCACAACCUUCAGAAGACUGCUGAUUUCCAAGCUUCAAGAUGAAUUUGAAAAUCGCACCAGAAAUGUUGAAAUCUAUGACAAACAUGACAACCCUCUUACUUCUGAGGAGGAGGAGCAGCGUGCCAUUGCCAAGAUCAAGAUGCUUGGCAACAUUAAAUUCAUCGGGGAACUUGGCAAACUCGACCUCAUCCAUGAAUCUAUCCUUCAUAAGUGCAUCAAAACACUUCUGGAAAAGAAGAAGAGAGUCCAGCUCAAGGAUAUGGGGGAGGAUCUGGAGUGCCUCUGUCAGAUAAUGAGAACCGUUGGGCCGAGACUCGACCAUGAGAAAGCAAAGUCUUUAAUGGAUCAGUACUUUGGCCGUAUGCGAUCCUUAAUGAACAACAAGGAGUUGCCUGCUAGGAUCCGCUUCCUGCUGCAGGACACGGUGGAGCUGCGAGAAAACAACUGGGUCCCCCGCAAGGCUUUCAUCGACAAUGGACCAAAGACGAUCAACCAGAUCCGUCAGGAUGCAGUGAAAGAUUUGGGUGUUUUCAUUCCAGCGCCCAUGUCUCAGGGGAUGAGGAUGGACUUCUUCCUGGAAGGCCCCUUCAUGCCUAACCGAAUGAAACUGGACAGGGAGACUCUCGGGGGAUUGGCUGAUAUGUUUGGACAGAUGCCAGGCAGUGGGAUUGGGACAGGCCCGGGGGUCAUUCAGGACAGGUACUCACCCACUAUGGGACGCCAUCGCACCAACCCGCUCUUCAACGGCCACAGUGGCCACAUUGCCCCUCCACCACAGUCCCAGUUCGACAUGGGACCUAAGUCUUUUGUCAAGUCCAACCAGGUUCAGAACCAGCAUUUCCUCAACCAGAACCAGAACCACAUGGCCCAGCAGCAGGUUCAGUCCAAGGACAUGCCGCCACGAUUCAGCAAGAAAGGACAGCUCAAUGCAGACGAGAUCAGCCUAAGGCCAGCCCAGUCCUUCCUCCUCAACAAGAACCAGGUACCCAAGCUGCAGCCUCAGAUCCCGACCAUGAUCCCACCCAGUGCCCAGCCUCCACGCACUCAGACCCCCCCACUGGGACAGCCUCCACAGCUUGGCCUGAAGACCAACCCCCCGCCGAUCCAGGAGAAGCCUCAGAAGACAAACAAGAAACCACCUCCUGCCAAGGAGGAGCUGCUGAAGAUGACGGAGGCAAUCAUGACGGAAUACCUGAACAGCAAGAAUCUGACUGAGGCGGUGAACAGUAUGCGAGAGAUGAAGGCUCCCAAGCACUUCCUGCCAGAGAUGCUGAGUAAGAUCAUUGUGUGCUCCCUGGACCGUCCGGACGAGGACAAGGAGCACGUCAGCACCCUCAUUCACACACUUCGUACUGAGGGCCUCAUCACUGCAGAGAACUUCAUGCAGGCUUUCCUCAACGUGUUGGACCAGUGCCCGAAGAUCGAAGUGGACGUGCCUCUGGUCAAGUCCUACCUGGCCCAGUUUGCGGCACGGGCUGUCAUUGCAGAGCUGGUGAGCGUGGCAGAGCUGGCCCACCCCCUGGAGAACGGCACCCACUUCCCCCUCUUCCUGCUCUGCCUGCAGCAGGCAGCCAAGCUGAAGGACCGAGAAUGGCUCACUGACCUCUUCCAGCAGAGCAAGGUCAACAUGCAGAAGAUGCUUCCAGAAAUAGACCAGAACAAGGACCGCAUGUUGGAGAUCUUGGAGGGGAAGGGCCUCAGCUUCCUGUUCCCCCUGCUGAAGCUGGAGAAGGAGCUGCUGAAACAGAUCAAGGCAGAUCCGUCUCCCCAGUCCAUCUACAAGUGGAUUAAAGACAACAUCUCUCCUAAGCUUCACACCGACAAAGGCUUCGUCAACAUUCUCAUGACCAGUUUCCUUCAGUACAUCUCCCAGGAGCUGUGCGUGGCGGAGGGCGACGAGCAGCUGGCCGCCCCCUCCAAAGAGCAGCUGGAGCAGGAGAAGCAGCUGCUGCUGGCCUUCAAGCCUGUCAUGCAGAAGUUCCUGCACGACCACACCCAGCUGCAGGUUAGCGCCCUCUACGCCCUGCAGGUGCACUGCAAUGCCAGCGGCUUCCCCAAAGGCAUGCUGCUCCGCUACUUUGUUAACUUCUACGACAUGGAGAUUAUUGAAGAAGAGGCCUUCCUUGCUUGGAAAGAAGACAUAACUCAAGAAUUCCCUGGAAAAGGAAAAGCUUUAUUCCAGGUCAACCAGUGGCUAACCUGGCUGGAGACAGCUGAGGAGGAAGAGUCUGAGGAUGAAGCAGAUUGAAGAAACCAACCAGAAGCAGGCAUCAUGGUGUAGAAGAUCAACCUUAUUAUUACACUCGCCUUUCCUUUAUUAAAAUCUGUGCUUAAUUUAACCACUACCACGUGGCGCUCAGCUGCUUCUGUCUCGCAAAUAUUAAGCAAAAGCAUAGUGUGCUACCACCCAUACCUAUGCCUUCUUAUAUGAUAGGCUGAGAAGCAUCAUUUAAUCUGUUGCUUAAUGGAUGAUUGAUUUGGGUCUCUGUCCUGAUCGGCUACAUGAAUUCUGAAUUCUGAAGUCUGGAGUGGCUCAAUCAUGUUUGUUGUUUUUUGCUCUGACUGUAAUUGUUAGUUUUGUAACGUUUUUUCAUUGUAUUGCAUGUUUCACUUCCACUCUUUAAUUUGUUACUGAUUUGGCCCCUCCCUGAUAACAAGCCCAGCUUUAUUUGAAGAUGUAUGUAGGAUUUUCCCCUUCGAUCACAGUCAAAUUAGCAGGAAUGCACUCUUAAUGCCAGCAAAAGGCACCAGAAGGCCGUUACAAGCUGUAGCCUCAGUGUGUCUGUGCUCUCAUUUGGUACAGUGAAGGUUAGAUAUGUAACAUCUGCCUGAAUUCCUUUCCAUCACACUCGGAGGAGAUGCUUCAGAACAGCCAAGGGAAAUUAAGAUCUGGCCAGAUAAAAUCACUUGAACAUGACACAUUACAGAUGGUUACUUGGCUUCUUUGACAGUUUGUGAUGCAUGUAGUGGAAAUCCCAGAAUAUUUGACAACUACAUAAGCCUUUGGAUUGUUUCUGGAAGUACGAUUGCAAGGCCAGCUCAAGUCAGAAGCAUAAGCUGGCAAAACGUUUCCUAAUGAAUCAAGGUGUGUUUGGUUAACCUAUGCUUUCCUAAACACCCCCACGCCCCCCCUCCUUAAAACUUGUUUUAAAUAAAAGUGCUCUUCAUAGUUAUUAUCGCCAGUGAUGAGCAUCUUCCUUUUUUUUCUGGAUAAAUUUUCCCCUCACCAAAAAAUUCCCUUCUAUCUGCCCCUUUUGUCUAUUAUUACGAGAGUGGUUGCAAUACUCACCCUCCAAAUGUUACAAUAUUUCAAAAACUGUAAUCUGUGGUGUGCCGCCGUAAUGUUUCAAAGUUGCCUGUGUUUCUACCUCUUAGUUAGAUGGGCUUUUUUUUUCUUUUGUUGUGCUGGGAUCAUGAAAUCUAAGAGAGCCCAAGCAAAUGCAGAAGUAUUUGAUUUAGUCCCGGCCUAAUUGCACAGUAAAAUAAUUGAAGCUGACUUUCCGAUGAAGCUUCUCAUGGUUUACAAGUAUUAAUAUUUAAGAAUGAAAGAAAAGCGUUUUUUUUAAUUGGACAACUUGGCAUCCUCUUUGCGAACAGACGCGUUAAGAAGCGGGGUUAAGAGAUUGAUCCCAGACCACGAGUGACAGCGUGAAUGUGGCCUCUAUUUUGAAUGCUCAAGUAAGAAACUGAAAAGAGAAUUUUAUCUUUUUUUUUUUUUUUUUUUAAUUGGCAAUAUGAAAACAUCCUUUUUUAAAAUCGUAUUUGACCCUCCCCUCAUUAAAAUAAAGUCCAACAGCUAAAACAAAUUUGAAGAAUGAAAUGGAAAAUGUUGAAUUUGCCCAAGAAUUACUCAGCCAGUGUGCUCACAAGCCAUGUUUAUGUAUAAGGCAAUGGAUCGGGAUCAUAUUGCAAGGUAUUCAUAAAUAUUGUGCACCUCUAUUGCUUUAAUGUCAAUAAAGUCCAGUACAUGAGCACCAAAA